AGCUUAAGCAAGUUUUCGCGCACGCAUCUUCAUUCGACGAUGAAGAUUGCUGUCGGAUUUUUGGUGUUUGCCAUAUUGGCAGUGUGUGUCGUAGAAUCGCAUAACAAGCAUUCGAAGGAGAAGGAUGACACGUAUGCAAUGAUUGACAUUGCAAAAGGAUGGAUGCAGAUUUACUUCAAAAUACCACCCGGCUUACAAAAGCGCACCACUACGCGUGCAAUGCGUACUACAAAACGUCCAACAUUGAGGAGGACCAAACCAUCCACUACAAAGAAACAUCCUGCAUGGAUGACUACAGCAAGGACAACAGUAAAGCCUCGGCAGAUUGCCACAAUUCCUACCGUUCGAAUGACAACAAAAUCGGGAGCAAUGGUGCCAACUACGACAAGGAUAUCCACCACUACUGCAAGAUUGACGACCACCACCAAGCCAAUGUUUACCACGACGACUACUGCAACGACGAAACCUAUUACAACUGUUGUGACUACAACGACAAGACCAACAAUAACUUCAACGAUUGCACCAACAACGACGACUAGGCCAACAACUACCUCCACCACUGUCGCACCAACAACCACUAGACCAACUACUACUUCUACUACUCUUCCAACUACGACGACCGCUAGACCCAUUACUACUUCUACUACUGCUCCUGUUACAACUACUUCCACUACGGUCCCUACAACAACGACCAUCAGACUAACAACAACCUCCCCUACCGCCCCAACAACGACGCCUUCGACAACUGUUCCGACAACAACUACUAGACCAACUACUACAUCCACUACUGUUCUACCAACCACGACCACCGUCCCUACAACAACGACUACCACCACCGUCCCUACAACAACGACGACUAGACCAUUGACAACUGUUGCAGUAACUACUACAGCACCUGCGGUCAGCCCGACGAGUGCUGCUACUACCGCUUCUCCCACCACUACAACAACGGCGGCCCAGAGCUCCGAUAGUUACUCCUACGGUGACUACGGCGAGUAUUCCAGUUACUAAGGACAUGGGUGGGCCAGAGGAGUCCAGCUCAGUGGAAUACUACUACGACGACGAGUACGAGGAUGGAGUGAUCAUUACAGUACCAGCAAUCACCAGCGAAACAACAUCACCCGCUGCUAGUGUUGCUGAUAACAAAAGGUCUAAAACAAAGAAGAAUACUAACAAAAACAAGCAGAAGAAUAAGCAGAAGAAAAAGGACAAGGAAAAGGAAAAGAAAAACUAUAGCAAACAAGUAGAAGUUAGCAAAAAACCAAAAACUGCAUAAUGGAAGUAAGCUCUAGUUUGCUAGGUUUUGCUCAGUAAUAAAUAAUCUUCUGUAUUCUUGAUGCA